GAAUUUCUUUGGAAAUGGCAACGGUAACAGUGAAGGAAGAAUCAGAUGAUCCUGACUACUAUCAAUAUAAUAUUCCAGGCCCUGCCGAAACAUCAGAGAUGGAUGAAAAAAUUGCUCUUGCAAAAAGUUACACAGGAAGCCACUGGUGUUCCAGCUGCAGUGCAGGAACCGAUGUGGAAGUACCAUUAGAUUCCUCUCAGCACACGCCGUCAGAAACAAGUGAGGAUCCUGAAGUCGAGGUCACCAUAGAAGAUGAUGAUGACUACUUGCCCCCUAACAAGAGACCAAAGAGCAUUGAGUCAGCUAAUGAAGCUGCCAAUACUGGGAGAAGAAAAGUGAGAGAGUUCAAUUUUGAGAAAUGGAAUGCACGAAUUACAGACUUGAGAAAGCAAGUUGAAGAACUGUUUGAGAAAAAGUAUGCUCAGGCUAUAAAAGCAAAAGGUCCGGUGUCUAUACCAUAUCCACUCUUCCAGUCACACGUGGAAGACUUAUAUGUGGAAGGGCUGCCAGAAGGGAUUCCCUUCAGACGUCCAUCCACAUAUGGCAUUCCCCGUCUGGAGAGGAUACUUCUGGCAAAGGAGCGGAUCCGGUUUGUGAUUAAAAAACAUGAACUUCUGAAUUCAGCAGAAGAUGUUCCAUUGGACAAACCGGUUGCAGGAGUGAAGGAGGAGUGGUAUGCCAGAAUCACCAAACUGAGAAAGAUGGUAGAUCAACUCUUCUGCAAAAAGUUUGCCGAGGCCUUGGGGAGUAGUGAGCCUAAAGCUGUUCCAUACCAGAAAUUUGAAGCUCAUCCAACUGACCUCUAUGUUGAAGGGCUGCCAGAGAACAUCCCCUUUAGGAGUCCCUCCUGGUAUGGAAUCCCUCGCCUUGAAAAAAUAAUUCAAGUGGGCAACAGAAUAAAAUUUAUCAUCAAAAGGCCAGAGCUGCUAACUUUCACUUCAACUGAAGUUUUUCAGCCCAGUAUGAACACCCCAGUGAAAGAAGAUUGGAAUGUCAGGAUCACGAAGCUAAGAAAGCAAGUAGAAGAGAUAUUUAAUAUGAAGUUUGCCCAGGCUCUGGGACUUUCAGAGGCAGUGAAAGUUCCCUAUCCUGUAUUUGAAUCAAACCCCGAGUACUUGUACGUCGAAGGCUUGCCAGAAGGAAUCCCCUUCCGGAGUCCCACGUGGUUUGGAAUUCCACGCCUUGAAAGAAUUGUCCGUGGGAGUGGCAAAAUCAAAUUUGUCGUUAAAAAGCCUGAGCUUGUGACUUCCUAUUUGCCUCCAGGACUGGCUAGUAAAAUAAACACUAAAGCUGUUCAGAGUUCCAAAAGGUCUAGAAGUCUUGCAGGCAAUUCAGAUGUCCCAGAGAUCGAAGUUAUUGUUGAAGGUCCUAAUAAGCCACAAACAACAGAUGCUCGAACUAAUUCUCAAACCAAUGGCUCCAAUAUAAGUUUCAAGCCACGAGGAAGAGAUUUCUCAUUUGAGGCAUGGAAUGCCAAAAUUACUGACUUAAAGCAGAAAGUCGAAAAUCUUUUCAAUGAAAAAUGUGGGGAAGCACUGGGACUCACUGAACCGGUGAAGGUGCCAUUUGCACUGUUUGAAUCCUUCCCAGAGGUCUUUUAUGUGGAAGGACUACCUGUGGGGGUGCCAUUCCGCCGACCGUCAACUUUUGGAAUUCCAAGACUAGAGAAGAUCCUGAGAAACAAAUCUAAGAUAAAAUUCAUUAUUAAAAAGCCUGAGAUGUUUGAGGCAGCUGUUAAAGAAAGCUCUACUAGAAGCCCCCAAAGAAAAAAUAAUUCAUCUAAUAUAGCCAAUACAGCAAGUGCCACAGCAAACACAGUGGUGAACACAGCUGCAGGUGUUGAAGACCUUAACAUCAUUCAAGUAACUAUACCUGAUGAUGAAAGUGAGCGACUGUCAAAAGUAGAGAAGGCCAGACAACUGAGAGAGCAAGUAAACGAUCUUUUUAGCCGGAAAUUCGGUGAAGCCAUUGGUUUGAAUUUUCCCAUGAAAGUUCCAUACAGAAAAAUCACUGUCAACCCUGGCUGUGUGGUGGUGGAUGGAAUGCCUCCCGGCGUGGCAUUUAAAGCCCCCAGUUACCUGGAAAUCAGCUCCAUGAGGAAGAUUUUGGAAUCAGCAGAGUUUAUCAAGUUCACUGUCAUUCGACCAUUUCCAGGACUUGUGAUUAACAAUCAUCUGAUGGAAAAAGCGGAAGCGGAAGCACCACUAGCAGCUCCAGCAGCAGCCCCAGUACUACCAGACCCAGCUGAACCAAGCCAGAUAGAAGUAUCUGUACGAGAUACUACAGAAACAGAAGAAAAUUCUCAAAUAAAGCAAGAACCAGACCCAACGUGGUAGACCUCAUCAAUACUGGUCAGAAGCAUCCAGUUCUGAGAAGAGCCUGCCAGGCCAGUCUGGGGCUGUGUAAUAUAACUGUAUAAGAGAAGUACCUUCUGUACAAACCCUUUUGUACUUUUAGAUAGAAAUACCUACUUUUUCAGCAGUUCUGUGAAUUGACUUAAAGCAAAGAAUGACUGUAGAUUUGGAAUGGCUGGUUUUACUUUGGUAUAUAUUAUAAGGACUAAAUUUGAUGCAGCAAUGCUGGAAGAUGACAAGUUUAAAUCAACAGGGACUUAGCCAAAGCUGUUGACAUUUCCCAACAAAG